AUGCUUGUAAUCGGGUUAACAGGAGGUAUCGCCUGUGGGAAAUCAACAGUCUCUGAGAGACUUGAAAAAAGCUACCAUAUACCAAUUAUCGACGCUGACAAAGUUGCAAGAGAGAUAGUAGAACCAAACCGCGAUGCUUACAAGCGUGUGGUCCGCUAUUUUGGUGAUAAAGUGCCAGAUCUCAUUCUCGAAGACGGUUCCUUGAAUCGACCUGCCCUGGGAAAACAUGUAUUUGCAAACCAUUCCGACUUGAAAGUACUGAACGGAAUCACUCACCCCGCGGUUCGUUUUGAGAUCUUGAAGCAAAUACUACUGUCAUAUGUAAAGGGCAAAAAGAUGUGCGUCUUGGACGUUCCCCUGCUUUUUGAAAGUGGGCUGGACAAAUUUUGCGGGGUCACUGUAACGGUAGUAUGCAAGCAGGAUACGCAAAUCGAACGAAUACGGUCUAGAGCGCCUCAAAUCUCAGAGGAGGAGGCCAAAAAUCGCAUCAAAGCUCAAAUGACACAGGAGGAGAGAACACGACGUUCUGAUUAUAUUCUGGAAAACGACAGUUCGCCAGAAUUCCUAUUUGGUCAAGUCCAGUCUUUGAUCGGUAAGAUCAAACCAUCGUGGAUUCGGACCCUUUUGGAGUACUUCCCACCUUUUGCCUUUGUGAGCGGUCUAGCCGUUGUAAUGAUCAAGCAACUGCGCUCCAUGUAG